GAAGACAUCAGAGAUCGGUAUUCUAGAGAUCCGCAAGGUGUGCUGGACGCUUGAGAGACAAACCCCCACGGACAUCCGAUUGAGAGAUAAGGUAAAUCGGAUAUUACUCCAUAUGUACAUCAUUGACCACCUUCUUGAAUUCACCGGAUUUCUUCGCAUUGAUUGAUUAGCUGGUUAGUUGGUUAGUUGAUUAGUGGAAUAUUUUCAUCCGUCAAAGCACGAGUUUAAAGGAUGUAGCACCAACGUCUACCUGUUCUAAAUUUAGCGCCUCUUACUCUGAUCUGUCAGCAAUCAAUAUUAUCACAUAACCUUCAUAUUCCGAACUCUACAAUCAUCUUUAAUAGCACCGAAUCAAAUAAAGUUACUUGCCACAAACAAUAAUGGCUACACAUCACGAUCCCACACUUGAUCUUCCCCGACUACUCUGUCUCCAUGGCGGAGGAACAAACGCCGUAAUCUUUACCAUGCAAUGCCGAGCCCUCUCUUUUCAUCUAAGACCCUAUUUUCGUCUCGUAUAUGUCGAAGCGCCGUUUGCAUCUGGGGCCGGGCCUGAUGUCACAAGUGUCUAUGGAGAUUUUGGACCUUUUAAACGCUGGCUGGGUUGGUUACCGGAACAUGAAGUUUUAGACCCACGUGAUGAGGCCAUUGCUAUUGAAGAGAGUAUUGAAAAAGCGAUGAGAGAGGAUGAUGCUAAAGGGGCUACAGGGGGGUGGGUAGGACUACUGGGGUUUAGUCAGGGGGCGAAAAUAGCGGGGAGUUUGUUGUUGAGGAGGCAGAUUCGAGAAGAAGGAGGAAGAGAUUUGGAGGGACAGGAUUGGAGAUUCGCGGUACUGAUAGCGGGAAGAGGGCCAUUGAUUAGUCUGGAGAGAGAUCAGGAUAGAUGGGGACCAGUGGAUGAGAAUGAUGUUUUGACUUUGCCGACUAUUCAUGUUCAUGGGAUGAGUGAUCCGGGAUUAGAUUUACAUAGGGAAUUGCUGAAGAUUUGGUGUGAGAAAGGAAGUACGCAGCUGGUUGAAUGGAAUGGCAAUCAUAGGAUUCCGAUCAAAUCUGGGGAUGUCGAGGCCGUGGUAAAUCCUAUGCUCGCAUUGGCCAAAAAAUUGGGAGUCUUGACAGUUGAUCUGCCUGCCUGAUUUUAUCGAGCAUCCUUCCUUAUAACAUUUUUAUCUUGGGUUGAAGACUAGCACCGGAGCAUAUAUAGAAAGGAUUCACAAUAGACGAUUUAUCUUGAUUGAAUGUGUGCUCGUCUUUGG